AUGUUGUCAACGACAGUUCUUCUCGCAACUCUCAGUGCUCUCUUCACAUCCGAGGUAUCGGCUCACGGCCAUGUAUCCGAGGUUCUCAUCAAUGACAAAAGCUACUACGGCCACGAUCCCACCAAAGUUCCCUACGGACCUCAGCCGGAAAGCAUCUCCUGGACGAACGGUGCCAAAGACAACGGCUUCGUCAUCUCCACUACGGGCGCAUUGUCUUCUCCAGACAUCAUCUGCCACCUCACCGCUACCAAUGGGCAUCUAACCGCAGACGUCACUGCUGGCGCGACCAUCAAGGUGCGCUGGUCGGAUUGGCCUGAAGCGCACUGGGGACCUGUUCUUGAUUACAUGGCGCGAUGUCCGAAUGAUGAUUGCACAACAGUGGAUAAGACCAAGUUGAAGUUUUUCAAGAUUGAUGAGAUGGGGCAGUUGACGAGGGGAACUGUGCCUGGUAGGCCAGGGUAUUGGGCGAAUAACAAACUUCCACCCGGAAGCUAUGUCCUCAGACACGAAGUCAUUGCCCUGCAUGCGGGAGGCGCUGAGGGAACAACGCAGAUGUAUCCUCAAUGUAUCAACCUGUUUAUCAAGGGAUAUGGCACUGCACAGCCUGAUGGCGUGUUUGCGACGGAUUUAUAUUCUUCUAUAGAUCCGGGUUUGCUGCAUAAUGCUUUUGUGGAUGAGUGGAGUGAUGUAGAGUACAUCAUCCCGGGACCUUCAGUAGUCAAGUCUUAG